AUAAAUAAUACUAUUUCAUAAGGUAACAGGUACUCGAACUUGGUUUAUAAGGCCGAUUUUUGAUUCGUUGCAUCAACCAUGUCUCUUUCUUGCUAAAAUUCACUAUCUUUAUCACGUGUUCCCAAAAAAAAACUAUACAAGAAUAAGUCAUACACUCCAUUACAUUCUCAAAUUUCAUACCUCACCUUCCUCCGGCCAACUGGCCGGGGCCCACGCUAGUGAAAAGGAAUAGACCAAAUGGUGGUAUAUAUGGGUUGUCAAAAUCACAACCCCUAAAAGGGAAGUGACGUAUCCAACCCCCAACCCUAUGUGUGUUUGAAGACAACAAAUUAGGGUUCGUUUGCUUGAUGGAUUUGGGACUCAAUUUCCAAGCAUGAUGGAUUUUAGCCAAGUCCAUUGUUUGUUGUUAGCUAUUAAAUCCGUGGGGUCCACGAAUUUGUUCUUUUUUAUCCAAAUCCGCGGGGAAAUCCGUGGACCCCACGGACUUGUAAAUCCCACAUAUUGGGGUGGGAUUUGUAAAUCCUUGAUGGCUAGUUAUAUUUAUAGCAAAUUCAUCAUACUUAUAUUAUCAAAUCUAUCAUGCAAACAAUAGACUCUUCAAAUCCAUGAUGCUACAAAUCCCUCAUGAAUCCAAAGGUUUUGUUUUUACCAAAACCCUCAUUUUCCAAAUCCUAUAGGUGACACUACUAAAAGUGUUGCAUAUUACAUAUGCAACACUUUUAAGACUUAAUUACAACAUAAUUCACAUGUUGGCAAAUGCCACUUUUUCUGUAGUGUGCGUACAAAGUCCAUGAUGCUUGGUAUUUUACGUACCAAAUCCAUGAUGAAUUCCAUGAAACAAACAAGGACUAAGUUAUGUUAUUACAACUAAAUAUAAAGGGCUGGUUUUACAUGGGGCAGUUGGGAGAACCACUUGUCAAAAUGCAUACGGCACAAAAUGGUCAUAAUCAAGCACACCAGACCAUCGAACGAGAAGUAGCAGAAGAUUGCGGAGUUCUGUCCUCUCGAAUCAGACUGCAGACCAAACCAAACGGCUUAUUAUCUUAAAUCUCUAAUACACGGACGACACAGAAACUGACCUGAUUAUCGAAACCUGUCGACCAACCAAACCCCAUUUUUAUUAGAGUUCCCACGCCCAAGUAUAAUACAUUAUUUUCUUUCCUCUCCUAAUCUUGUUUUCUUCUGUCGAAGCGUUUAUUUGGUUCGAAAUUGGCUUUGGCUUCUUAUGGUGGGUGAGUAUGUAUGCAACUCCUACUCUUAGCGGUUUAGGGUAGCAUGCAAAUAGUUGUUAGCUUCAUCAUGGAUUAGAGUUGGUAACGCAUCAAAUUGACAUCAAAACUUGAUUGUCAUGUUGAGUUUGAACAACUCUCUUUGAAGAAUUUCACACAAAUUAAAGUUGAAACUAUAAAGGCUCAUAAUCCAUAACCGAUUAUGAUCCACACCAUGAUUGAUCCUAGGGUAAUCUGGAUGUUUAGGACUAGCUAGUUUGCUAAAAUGAAAUAAUUUCGAAUCAAUAGUAUGGUUGUAAAGAGGACUCGACUCCAAUCAAUAAUUGCUAAUUGUGGGCACUAAAUCGUACAUAGCCAAGUUAUGUACGUAGUUAGGUUUAUGUUAUCAAACCUAUAAAUACUUGCAGCAUUUUACAUAAAAUCUAAGCCCGAUAAAAGCAUCAAACCUGAGCGGGUGAUAUACUCUAUGUGCUCUAGUAUUAAUGUAUUAUACUAACAACACCGCGUUAACAAACAUAGGUAAUAAGCCAACUUUUUUUAUGCACCUUUUGGUUUCGACGAUUAAUAUAUAAUAUCGUCCUCUAAUAUGUAUUGCUCCAUAAUACAUGAUUGUUCGUUGGAAGACUUGGCUUAUGUUAAUAAAUAAAAAAGAGGAAGGACCAAUGACGCAAAGUUAUACGCCCUAUAUCACAAUUAUUAUGAAAUCAAAUCACAGAAUAAAUAAUACAAGUAUCAGUACUUUAAUCAUGUGUCUGUGAUGGCAGAGAAAUCAAUUAAGUUAUGUACGUGCAACUAAUAAGUAGAUUCCAAUAUAACUUUCUUUCUUGAAGAUGUUCUUUUUCAACAAGUUUUGGACUUGUACUAAAGUUCACUUCUAUAAUAUUUGAAUAUUUGUUUUUUUUUUAGAACAGAUAGUUUAAAUACCCCAGUUUACGAGUUUUUCAAUUUUAGAAUUUAUUAAAAUGGUAAGCUACGAAUAUCAACACUUGACAUGGAGGGUCAUAGUUGAACACGUGAUAUUAAGGACAAAUCAGUUCUGAUACCAUGGCAUAAGUCAACUGGUACUAAUAACUCAAGUUGUUAAGAGAGAUCCAUGUAUAUUACUUAAUCACUUUCAUACCGUUUGGAGUUGUAUCACUAAUUUUUUUUUAAUUGAAUUUAUACGUAGAAUAUAUUAAGCAAGCAGGGGAGAAAUGGUUUUAUAGUUGAAUUGAUUGGGUAGCGAUGGAUGGACAAUGGUUGUUGGUACGUACUCAUCUGGGCCGGCGCCAGGUAUUGUAUAUUCUCCUCCAUAUAUAUACACACAAAUAUAUAGCUGUGUGACAGUGUGAGGUGGUUGAUGUGGUUACAAAAUACUUUUGGUAUAUACGUAGAGAGAGAGAGCACUGAGUCUUGAUUAUUGCAGUCUUUUAUGAUUGACUUCAUUAUAUUCCGAACUAAAUAAACCUAGAAUACCAACAAUAAUAUUUAGGGUAUGCCUACUAUGACAUGCAUGUCACCGUGACAUGGACUUUUCGGUCGACCUAAUCCUGAAGGCGGUCGACCGAAUUGAUUAAUUUAAGCAGCACGAGAAAGCAUUGCGGUCGACCUCAAAGACCACCUGGUCGACCGUUCUUAGUUUAAGUUGUUAUUUUUGGUUGACCAGAAUAAACCUCGGUCGGUCAUUUCGUUGGCGUGAGAAACAACAUGGUCGACCGUAAAGGUAUAUAUGUCGACCACUUGAUGGCAGUCAUUAACAACAUGGUCGACCAGAUAAAAAAAGAGGUCGACCAGAUAGACGAUAAGUGUUCUAUCAAUUUAUCCAAUCAUUUGACGUAAAAUGAAGAUCAAGUGUUGGUGUCGAAGUCGACCUAAUACGGUACGAGGUAGACCGAAUACAAGAAAGUCAACCUAUGUCCCGUGUCUUUUUUGCUUAUGUAUGUCGAUUUGUGUGGUUCUUUUGCUCGUCUAAAUUACGCUUUAAACCAUCAUAACUAGUCAUAAAUAAUGAUAACAAGGACUCAUCAAUUAUGCUAUGAAUUGAGGUCGACCGCCUUUAGGAUUAGGUCGACCGCAAUGUUUUCUCGUGCUGCCCAAAUUAGUCAAUUCGGUCGACCGCCUUUAGGAUUAGGUCGACCGAAAAGUCCAUGUCACGGUGACAUGCAUGUCACCGUAGCAAAAUCCUAAUAUUUAUGAUCUUCUUUACCAAAAAAAAUUUAGGAUCUUCUUGGACAACCCACGUUUGGAGUCUGUUUGGUAAUAUAUGGUUGAAAGAAAUGGAUGGAUUUUGAAACUAUAUCUGAGUAAAUAACCACCGAAGAGGCAGGGGUGGCUAUACGGUCCGGUUAAAUUGGCCCAAAUUGAUCCGGUCCAGUCCGGUUUUUUUGAAAAUAUUAGGACCAAAGAUUGGAUACAGUCUGGUCUUGAUCCGGUCCGGUCCCAAUUCGGUCUUGAUUUUAUAUUGAGAUUGUGGGAUUUGAGUGGCCUAAGCCUUAAAGGGUGAGGAGUUGGUUAAGUUUUGUACUAAGUGCAAAGGUUUGUGACCGUUUAUGCAAAUUACCCUUAAGUUUUGGGUGUUGAGCUCUCUUAUCCGGUCUUUAUCCGGUUUUUUACCUCAAAUCUAAGCCCAAAUAUUGGAUUGGAUUGUUUACUAUCCUGUCCCGGUCCGGUCUCGGUCCGAGUUAUACGGUCCGGUUUCCGGUUUUUAAUCCGGUCCCGAUCAAAAUAGCCACUCUAGAAGAGGGUAUCUUAAUUAUUAACGUAAGCUGAAGCAUCAAAGUAUGUGAUGAUAGAAGUAGAAGUAGAACAGGACAGCGUGUAAAAAUAGCAAAUGCAAAUAGAGAGGAACAUGUUAAGCACGAACAAGUCUUACAGAUAAAAAACAACAAAAUUAUUGCAACUUCUGGACUUCUGGUUCUUCUGCGAACAGAAGACCCGCUCCCAGAUGGUUCUACAUUUAAGAAAAAAAGUCACGAAAUUUAAAUUUGAAAAUUAAAAGCGGGCAUAUGGGUUUCAACCAAUUUGAUAGACUUGUUCUUCAUUCUACCCACGUAAUCCUAAGGUCUACUAAUUAAACUGAUUUGAUUGACUUGGUUACCACCGCGUGCCCGAAUUUGGUCAACUAGUUUCAUUCUACGAAAUAUAUAUAAAUAAAUAAAGGAGAAAGGCUAGCGUAUGUUUGGGUGUAUCGUGUUCACGCAUAUUAUUUGUACUUUGAUAUAUUUUGACGAAUCACAAUCGUCGGUUAUUAUUUUAGGAUUAAACGAAUUUCAUGGUUUGAGUUAGAAAAUUUGGGAUUGAGGUUCAUCAAUUAGAGGUUAGAGUAUAGUAUUAUGCUAUGAACUUAGGUUAAUUCAUGAUCUAAAUAGCAAAACUCUAUGGGCAUACAGUGGAUUAGCGUACACCCGGGCAUACGCUAGUCUGAACCUAAAAUAAAUAUAUAUUCAACUUAUAAUUUAUUUGAAUAUUCGGCUAAUACUUACUAUUUAUCUGAUGAUAUAACUAAUUAAAAUAAUUUUUAUUUAUCAAUGAGUUAGUUUGGCCCUGUUGUAACUUUUAUACAAACACAUUUUAAUUAGAUUUUUUAGAGAAAUUAAGAAAAAAGGUAUGUGUUUAAGUGUUUGGUUGAUAAAUUAUUAAAAGUAUUCUUUUAAAUAUAAAUUUUUUAUAAAAAUAAUUUUUAAAAUGAAAUGUAAAAAAGAGAUGCACACAAUUUUUUAUGACUUAGUGGGAAGUGGUAAACCAAAUACUUCCCAAUAUAUUUCAUAUUUGAUUCAUACUUCCUACUAUGUGAUUUUUGUAACAACUAGUAGAUACGUGGCAUAUUCAUGAUUCGUACAAAAUAAUUUUCAGUUCAUUACAAUGAAGAGCAAUCAUCAAAUUAUAUAACAGAAAUGGAAGUAUACAUUUUAUUUAUGUAAAUAAGUUCAUCAAUGUACCUUUUAUCUGUGAAAAGAAGAUAGGAAUUGACCCUUUGACAUUUUCCUUCUAUUGGAAGUCCAUUAAAAUUUCCAAAGUGAAGAGAUGGAAAUGAGAAAGAAAAGAAGAGGGAAAGGAAGGAGUCAUGUCGGUGGAAAAUUGGAGGAAAAUUGAAGAAUUAUUAAAUAAAGAAAACAUACUUCUAUUUCAUAAAGAAAACAUAAUUCUGAUUUUAAAAAAAUUAAAAACACAAGAACACAAAUCGCAGAAGGGAGAAGAAGCAAAGCAAGCAGCCACAGCACAACCCACAACCAGCGCAAAACAACACACCAAAAACAGAUCCCCACUGCCUAAAGGGCUCAAAACAGUAAGCGCCAGACACACAAAUCUCUAUUCUCUACCCAUAUUUUUUUUUGCUCAUAUACAUGUAUUGAAAUAAUUAUAUAUAUAUAUAUAUAUUUGUAUGUAUAUGAGUAUAUCCCCAAUAUUCUAAUCCCAAUCUCAAAGCCUCUCCUCUUUUCUCAACUCUCAGAGCCAAACAACAAAAGUUUAAGUUUAGAAGAGCAGCAGGGGCAGAAAAACAAAAGGGGAGCAGAAAGCACAAACCCCCAACUGAUCUCAGAUUCAGAAAAUACACAACUUCAAAUACCCACUGCCCAAAAUCACCUUUUCAAGGUUUUUGAUUCUUCCCCAAUCCCCAAUGACCCACUGAAGGUUACAGACUUACAGGUGAGAAAACCCAUUAAAAAAGUUUCUUGCUUUUUACAUUUCUCUUCUUGAGCAGCCAAGGGGUUCUUCUGCUUUUCUUCUUAUUCUUCUCUUUGCCGUUUCCCUUAUUCAGGUGAUUGGCUUUCUCUCCUCGUGUAUUCGUAGUGAAUUUGUGGGUCAAGAUUUGUGCUUUGGCUGUUGUGUGUGUUGCUUUCCGGUUUCUAUCGUUUCUUGGUGCAUUUGAAUUUGAUUUCCAAGAGCUGAAUCAGCUGAGAGCUUGCUCUAGGUUAAUUAGUAGCUGGGAUGAAAUUUUUUGAACUUGAGGGUUCCUUUUGGAAUUGGAGACUUUUGGUUAUCCAUUCUUUUUCCUUUUCACCAUGCGACCUACAGGAAACUGAUGAUUGAUGUCCUUGUUUUUAGCUGUUUUCUGCUUUGGGUAUUGAGUUGUUUGUGUACAUAAUGUUUGAAUCGAGUGAAUUACUGCUGUUGCCGCAGGUUCGAGGAGCAGUUGUUGGAAUUUUUGGCCUGGUGACUAGGAAACUGGUCUGAUUGUAUCAUUAGUCUGCAAAGUUGGAUGGAAUAAUUGUGCUGAGCAGAAGUUGGCACAGUUUUAAAAGAUUUCAACAUUAGUUAGAACAUCCACUUUUCUAAGUUGAUUUUUUUAUAGCUGGGAUGGGCUGCGAGUGUUCAAAGCUCUCCUCAUGCUGUUGGAAUUCAGAAUACAAUCAAAAAGUUCCGGAGGACCACAAAGAAGAAAAUGAGGAGAAGGGUGAAGCUGAUGACCUGCCUGCAUUUCGCGAAUACUCCAUCGACACAAUCAGGAUGGCAACUUCUGGUUUUGCAGUGGAGAAUAUAGUUUCUGAACACGGAGAGAAGGCUCCUAAUGUUGUUUAUAAGGGAAAGCUUGAUAAUCAGAGGAGGAUUGCGGUCAAACGCUUCAACAGAUCGGCUUGGCCUGAUUCCAGGCAGUUUUUGGAUGAAGCAAGAUCAGUAGGGCAGCUCCGAAGUCAUAGGCUGGUUAACUUACUUGGUUGUUGCUGUGAGGGAGAAGAGAGGCUUCUUGUUGCUGAAUUUAUGCCGAAUGAUACCCUAGCAAAGCACCUAUUUCAUUGGGAAACACAGCCUAUGAAAUGGGCAAUGCGACUUAGAGUGGCUUUAUAUUUAGCUCAGGCCCUGGAAUAUUGUACAAGCAAAGGUCGUGCUCUGUAUCAUGAUCUGAAUGCUUAUAGAAUUGUUUUUGAUGAUGAAGCUAAUCCUCGACUUUCGAGCUUUGGUAUGAUGAAGAACAGCAGAGACGGAAAAAGUUACAGUACAAACUUGGCAUUCACUCCUCCUGAGUAUCUAAGAACAGGUAGAGUAACACCAGAAAGUGUGAUGUAUAGCUUUGGGACCCUUUUGCUUGACCUUCUCAGUGGAAAACAUAUUCCUCCUAGCCAUGCGCUGGACUUAAUACGAGACCGAAACAUUCAAAUGCUGACAGAUUCCUGUUUGGAAGGGCAAUUCACCAAUGACGAUGGAACUGAGUUGGUGAGGUUAGCUUCUCGGUGUCUACAAUUUGAGCCCCGAGAGCGGCCAAAUCCCAAGUCAUUGGUUACUGCUUUGAUUCCUCUUCAGAAGGAAACUGAGGUUCCUUCACAUGUAUUGAUGGGUGUACCGGAUGUUGCUGCAGCCAUAUCUCUAUCACCCCUUGGCGAGGCUUGCUUAAGGAAUGAUAUGACUGCGAUGCAUGAGAUCUUAGAAAAGUUAGGGUAUAAAGACGACGAAGGUGCUGCCACCGAGCUCUCGUUCCAGAUGUGGACCAACCAAAUGCAGGAUACACUAAAUUCAAAGAAAAAGGGUGAUGUCGCUUUUCGACACAAGGAAUUCAAAGCUGCCAUUGAAUGCUAUACCCAGUUCAUAGAAGUCGGGACAAUGGUCUCACCAACGGUGUAUGCACGAAGAAGCUUGUCUUACCUAAUGAGUGACAUGCCACAGGAAGCCCUGAAUGAUGCAAUACAAGCCCAGGUGAUAUCCCCUGUCUGGCAUUUUGCAUCUUACUUGCAAGCUGGUGCUCUUUUUGCCCUGGGAAGAGAGGUUGAAGCACAAUCCGCUCUGAAAGAAGGAUCAGCUCUUGAAAGUAAAAAGACUCCAAACUCAUAAUCAAUCAAUCCAGCAGAAGGGGGGGGGGGGGGGGGGGGGGGGGGGGGGGGGGGGAUCCUAAAUUCGGUAUGUUUGGCUGAGUGAUCACAACACCAUUGUCAGAGAGCACAGGCAUAAUUUGCCACCAAGGGCAGGUUGGUCCAAAAACCUGGCCUUUGAUUACUUUUCACCUUGUUAACCUCACAUCGAAACGAUGGAGUUGCACUCUUGAAUCAUCUGCAUAUAGUUGGUUGCUUUGGUUCGAAUGUUAUCAAAAUGAAGAGAAUUCUUUCAUCAGAGAUUGGGGUUGCGGUGGGUUUAUAUCAGUCAGUUUAUCUUCUAUGCUAGAUUUGGAAAUGUGAAGAUGGUCUGCCUUGCCCUGGAUGCUCUGAGACUAUUUCUUUUUCCUGACCUUUUUGUUUCUGUUCCAUUACAUUUGCAAGACUCCCAGGAGGGAAAAAUAAUUUAAUUGGAAGACAUUCUUGGACAGGAGCACAUGUUUGUAGAGGUUUUGUUUUGGCACUUUGUAUUUUGCCUGAAGAUGAUGUUUCUUCUAGAUGGUGAAUACAACAGGAUGGUGGUUUCUUUGAGAGAUUCAAAACCCUUUUGUAAUUCUUAUGUACAGUGCUAUUAUUGGUUUUGUGGUUUAGUUUCAGUUGAUCAUAUCAGCUCCUGUUUGUUUCCAGUUUAUCUUAUCAGGCUUUGAUGGUGCAUGUUGAUUUGAUUAGUGAACUUGAGGUAGAGGUUAUUGACAGUUUAUCAUAUCAGCUCCUGUUUGUUUCCAGUUUAUCUUAUCAGGCUUUGAUGGUGCAUGUUGAUUUGAUUAGUGAACUUGAGGUAGAGGUUAUUGAUAGUUCCAGCAAUGGACGAAACUGUUAUGAGAUUGAAUCAGGCUAUUAUCCAAUGGUGUGCCGAUAGCAGGGGGUAUGGGCUUUUGGUAUAGCGAUAAUGGACUAAAACCCAGUGCAAGGACUUGCAAAAAGAAAAAGAAUAAAGGGCCCAACCGGGUUCGAACCGGUGACCUAUUGAUCUGCAGUCAAUUGCUCUACCACUGAGCUAUGGACCCCUUGUUGUGCAAAUGUGUCAAAUGUAAAUUCAAAUUAACUUCAAACAGUUACUCUCUUAGUUUAUAGAAGCUAUAAUAUUCAAUUAUUCAUAAAAUCCGUUUGAAUGAGAUCUGAGUAUAUUAAUACACGCAAACGAAUUUUGGGUGAGAAUGCCAUCUCACAUUUCACAACUAAUGCACUGUAUUUGGUUAGCCAUUUUCUUCUCCUCCUCCAUGGAAGUGACUUGCAAUUAAGAGAAACUUACGAAGGGAUGUAUUGAGAACAAAUGAAGGUGGAAUUUCAGAAUACGUUAGCUAUUUAGAAAUUUGACCUAGGUAGAUUUUUUUUUAAUUUGUUGAUCUCGAAAUUUCUCAUCUUUUAUCCUCUUCACAAACGAGUUAUUGUGUUAAAACUUGACAAUGAGAAAUUAAACCAUAAUCUUUCUUUGGACUCGACUCUCUUGCACACGGCCUUGUUUGAACCCUUUGAUAGAGUGUUGUGUGAUUUGUUCUUUCUAGUUACACUACUUUCAUUUAGGGAUUACAAUAAAAUUCGAACCCACGGGUACCCUACCCGACCCAAUUCGGUCAACAUAAAACCCGUAUUGACAAGUUUUGGAUUGGCUUGAGUUUAAACCCAUUACACGGUUCAACGGAUUGGCUUGCAUUCGGAUUUAGGUAUACCCGCCCACACCCAAAUGGUUAAUUUUCUCGGUAUAUUUAAUAUUCUAAUAAAUAUAUCUUCCUUAAGCAACUAAUCUUCUCUCUGUUGGUCGAGACAUGUAUAAUUUGUUCUUCUUAAUUGUGUAGAAUGAAGUUGACAUUAUGGAGUGGAGAGUGAAGAAGUUUAGUUGACAAGAAGGAAGAAGAUUGCAAUAAAUCAUGUUGUUUAUC